AUGUCGUUUACUCGUCAAGAUUUUUUAGCAUUGGAACAUUUAUUAGCAAACGAUAAUCAUGAAAAUCGUAAAGCGAUGAUAAAUUUUAUGGCCUCUGAUCCAAUUUAUAUACCAAGAUACAAUGUUUCUUUGGAAUUUGAAAGAGAAUUGGCUUUACAAAGAUUAAAAAAAUUGGCUGAUCAAAAAUUCAUUUCUGUUCUUGACUUUGAAAAAAAUCCAUUGAAUAUCUUUGCGGCACAUGAAAUUGCAGGAAUGGUUGAUGGAUCAAUGGGCACAAAGAUGACAGUUCAAUGGAAUUUAUUUGGUGGAAGCGUUAUAAAAUUAGGAACAGAACGGCAUAGACAUUUGCUACCAGGAAUUGAUAAUUUAAACGAUAUAGGAUGUUUUGGAUUGACAGAAUUGGGAUUCGGAAACAAUGCGGUCGAGAUGCAGACCACGGCGAUUUUUGAUGAAGGUAGCCGUGAAUUUAUCAUCAAUACUCCGUCCACUUUGGCACAAAAAUAUUGGAUUACAAAUUCUGCUGUUCAUGCUAAAUGGGUAAUUGUAUUUGCACAAACUUUUAUUCGUGGUCAAAAUGAAGGUAUUCAUGCAAUACUUGUAAGACUUCGAGUUGUUAUUGAAGACAUGGGUGUUAAAUUUGAAUGCAAUGGUGUUGAUAAUGGUAAAUUGUGGUUUAAAAAUGUAAGAGUACCAGUAGAUAAUUUAUUGAAUAGAUUUUCAAAUAUCGAUGAAAAUAAUAAAUUUACAAGUUUAAUUCCUAAUAGAAGAGGACGGUUUUUAAAAGUAGCAGAUCAAUUACUUUCUGGUAGAUUAGCGAUUGCUUCAUUACAUACAGGUGGAUCUAAAGUUUGUCUGGCGAUUGCAUUUCGUUAUGCUAAUUCAAGAUUAGCAGUUGGUCCAACUGGUAAAAGCGACACACCAAUUUUGAAAUAUCAAUUACAACAAAAUGCAUUAAUCCCACUGCUAGCACACACAAUAGUCUUGAACAUUUUUCUAAAUUAUUGUAAACAAAGAUGGUCAAUAUUUUCUACAUCACCGUUAAGUUACCGAUUGAGCAACAAUAAUGAAUCAUCGGAAAUUGUAAGAUUAUGUUGUGUGGUAAAGCCAUUGAUUACUUGGAAUAGUGAAAGAGUUGCUAGUAUUUGUAGAGAAAGAUGUGGGGGUCAAGGAUUUAUGGGUAUCAAUAGAUUUGGUAAUUAUAUUGGCUUUUCUCAUGCUGGUAUGACCGCUGAAGGUGAUAAUAGCGUAUUGAUGCAAAAAGCAGAUGUCAAUUCAGGAAAAUAUAAGUUGCCUGUUGUAUCAGAUUUUAAAAAUUCUAAAUCAUGGGAUUUAAAUAAUUUGGAAAAUCAAUUGAAAUUACUUAGAUUAAGAGAACAAAUUUUAGUAAAACAACUUGAUGACAAUAUGGCUAAAGGUUUAUCAACUGGCAGUUCAAUUUUCGAAGUAUGGAUGUUAAAUCAAUCAGAUCUUGUACAAUCAGUUGCAAAAGCACACGGUCAUAGAAUUGCAAUGGAACAAGCAUUAUUAGCGAUUGACGAUAAAAGAUUACAUCAAACUAAUGGUACGAAAAUCUUAUUGAAAAAUAUAACCACUUUGUUUGGAUUGAAUUUGUUAGCUACGAAUAUGUCUUGGUAUUUAACGAGCGAAUUAAUUAGUAUUGAAAAAGCAAAAUUGCUUGAUGAAUUGAUCACUGCUAGUAUUAAGGUAUUGUCGCCACACAGUCUUGAUAUUGUUAAUUCGUUAGGCGCUGAUGAAAGAAUAUUGUUUGCUCCUAUUGCCAAUAAUUGGGAAAGCUACAAUAUAACAGAUAAUCAAGGUGAAUUGGUUAGCGACAUUCAUGUAGGAUUAAAGAGUAGAUUGUGA